CGUGAGCAGGAUAAUCAGAGUGGCUGACCCACUUUGAGCUUUUGCAAUGGGGACAAUAGAAAUAUUCCUUUGCGUUUUUCUUGGGCGUAUUAUUGCUGCUCAAUCAGUAAUAAAAAAGCAGGAAGGCACAUUUUUCCAAGAUGUUCCGGGAUUUUUUGACAAUGUCAUCACGCCUUUUGGGCCUUUUGACAACAUGAGGCCUUUCACAUUUGAGAGAAAUUUUGACUUCACUCCAUAUGACCCCAUCUUCAGCUCCUGGCAAACUCCGAGCCCUGACUUCCACAUGCUCGCUGACUUUUCUCCCAUGGUGAUCGUUCCCAGAGUGGAGGUGUUUUGUGAUCAGUCUAAGCUUACUGUGCUGGUUGAUAAGAGAUCCAAUGAUGUGGUGCUGACUGGAGAUGAGCUUCAGUUGGGUGAUGGCUGCUAUAGCAACAGAGAGUUACCAAACCGCUUUGUCUUUACUUACGGUCUGGAUGAGUGUGGAACUACUUCACAGGUGAUGCAGAAAGGCUUGGUGAGGUUUACCAACACUCUCCACUUGAAUCUCAAAAAAAUGCCCUCCACCUGGUGGCCAACUCCGUCCACAGUGCACAUCUCCUGCACCCCAAAGAGGUCAUAUGAUAACCUAAACUACUUUGUCUCUAUGACAUUUCCUGAGAAUGGCAACACCUUCACCAUCAAAGCCAUGAACCCAUCGUGGAACAGCGCUGCAGAGUCAAAUGUUUAUGAAAGAGGCCAGGUUGUCAACCUGCAGGUUUCUGCCAAAACCAGGCCAGAGCAGCAGCUUUUCAUCCAGUCCUGUUUUGUCUCUGCUUCUCCUGAGCCUCAGACUAGACGCAGACACGCAGUCAUAAUGAAUAAAGGGUGCACGGCCCCGUUGGGUUCUCCUCAUGCUGUCGUACAAUUUGUGGCCUCCGACAGAGCAGAUGUGGUUAAUUUUGUUCUGAACACGUCUUAUCUCAUUUCUGAGCUGUAUAUCCACUGUACCGUGCUCGUCUCAGACCAGGGUGUCACCUUUGGCUCUAAAUCCUGCAACUAUAACGUGAUCCAAUCAAGAUGGCAGGAUCUAAGUGGAAAUGUUGAGGUGUGUGAGUGCUGCAGCUCGAGGUGUAAAGGCCUGUCAGCCAGGCAGAUUCAUGAAGAUGCCAGGUCUACAGUCAGCAUUGGCCCCUUGGUCAUUGUGGACCACCAUGUUGAGAUGAGUCCUGAGCCUCCUGGGUCUGAACCACAAGAAACUUCCAGCGCUCUUGUUCCAGACGCCACAAAGUCUGAUAGUGCAGCCACGGAGGACACAAUUGUUUCUGGUACCUCUGUAUCAAGACCCCCUCAGGGUGUAGUGGUGGUGAGUCAGGACCCCGGUGCCAGACUGACCCUCUGGCUACCUGGACAGGUGCGAGAUGCUGAACGCAGGCGGAACAUCGAUUCAGAAUCUGAAGAGAAUUUGACAGUUCAGUCAAAGAAAAGCGACACUGUGUCAAACGAUCCUCCUGAGCUGAAACCUUCAACCACAGAUCAGGAGGCUCCUCCGCUUACAAACAAGGUCGAAGAGCAAAGUGUAAGUGAGCUAGAAAGCGGAGGUCGUAUGUUGGAUCUGAAUCUUCUUACUCAGGUUGUUGGAUGGAUAAUUCCUCCAAUGGAAAAUAUGGCUUUUGUAAAGGAGUCACAAAGAAAACAGCGUUUUGGAAGAUCUGGAGUUUUGGAGGCUCCUCAAGAGAUUGUUGUCCCUCUGACAGCUGAGAUGACUGUAAAUGUCCUCAACCAGAAUGAUUUAAACCAAAUGAAAGAUGAGUUGGCAGAUGCAGCUGAGAUGCCCCAAGAAGAACCAAAUGAUGCCCAACCAAUAAUUCGCUCAAAGAUCCAGUUUUCCAAAGGUGGGGAUGGCUUGCAGACACUGAGUUAUGAGGAAGAAGUAGAGGGAAAAGAUGUGAUCAGAAGAUUCAGGAUGGAUAGAAGUAAAAGAAAACAGGAGCCCCGACAGAGAGGGCUACGCUCAGCUUUCCUGGAUUUUUUGAGGGGAAUGGACAAGGCAGAAUAAUGCAGCUUUAUAUGAAUAUUCUAUAAUGGCACUUUUAACUGAAUAAAUGUAUUGAGCAAUAA